CGCGCCCCGCGCGACGAGGCGAUCCGCCUGAUCACGGGCACGCCGAGCCACGUCCUCGAGAUCAACCACUACCUGUUCGCCGGUCGGCUGAACUUCAUCCGCCCCUUCCGCGCGCUGGUCGCCGGCGGCGGCACGGGCGAUGCCUGCAUCAUGCUGGCGCAGCAGCUCGUGGACCGGCGCUGCCCCGGCGAGGUCGUCUAUCUCGACCUGUCGACGGCCUCGCGGCAGAUCUGCGAGGCCCGCGCCAAGGCGCGCGGCUUGCGCAACAUCCAGUUCCUGACGGGCUCGCUGCUCGACCUGCCGACGAUGAACAUCGGCCAUUUCGACUACAUCGACUGCACCGGCGUGCUGCAUCACCUGAGCGAUCCCACGGCCGGCAUGCAGGCGCUGGCCAGCGUGCUGCACAACGAAGGCGGCAUGGGCAUCAUGCUCUACGGCGAAUAUGGCCGCAGCGGCGUCUAUCCCUUGCAGGAGAUGCUGCAGAGCCUGGCGCCCCUGUCGAUGGCGAUCGAGGACCGGCUGGCGAUGGCCAAGCGCCUGAUCCGCUUCCUGCCGACGACCAACCUGUUCCGCCGCAACCCCUAUCUCAACGACCAUGUGACCGGCGGCGACGCGGGCCUCUACGACCUGCUGCUGCACAGUUGCGACCGCGCCUUCACGGUGCCGCAGAUCGGCAAGAUGGCCGCGUCCUCCGGCCUGCGCGUUGUCGCCUUCCUCGAGCCGGUGCGCUACGAGCCCUCGACCUACAUGAGCGAUCCGCCACCGCCCGUCGAGGCGGCGGGUUCGUCGCGCGGCCAGCGCAUGAAGGCGAAGACCCAGAGGAGGAUCAACGGCACGAUCGUGCCGAUGCCGGUCAGCGUCACCAGGAUGGCGCCGAGGCCGGUCCAGCCGGGCAAGCCGGCUUUCUCGACGAUGCGCCAGGCCAUCCAGGCCGCGAGCACGGUGCCGAUCAGCGCGAAGGCGCCGGUCAGCCCGAACAGGCCCGUGAGGGCCGCGAUUUCCACCCCGAACAUCUAUCGCCCCGGCCCGGCUUCGCCCGCGGGCCAGGUGCUGAACGCCAGCAUGCCCAUGACGAUGAAGGAGCCGAUGACCGGCACCAGAUGAAACAGCGACAGCGCGCCCGAGAAACCCGCGCGCGUGCAGAUCCGCCAGGUCGGGAUGAUCAGCACGAGCGACAGCAACAGGUGUACGACCAGCAGGAAGAACACCGUGAAGGAGCCCAGCGCCAGGAGCCAGCUCACCGGAUCCAUGACGUCAGACCAGGGCGACGACUUCGAUCUCGACCAUGA